GUAAAAAGUAGGCCAUUUUUUUCUGCACUCGCGUGGUCAUGCGAAAAAAAUCAGAAGGUGCAGGAGCAGCCACGAAGAUACUGAAUUAUCAUUAGCUUUAUGUUCAUGGGCCUGGGCUCGUUGCUACCUGGGAGCAUAUCGCUGCGUCUCUUAUUUUCAGGAGUACUUCUUAAUUGAUAAUAUUGGCGUGAAGAAAAUGAAACUCAAUCGGUUGUGGAAUUAUCAUAUCAAUCUAGUGAAACAAACACGAAUAUGAAGAGACCUAGGGAAGGAGAAGAAGAGGGAGCUCGUCGCAGUUCCAAUGCGUCUGACAAGCGGCCGCGCACCAGCGCGGAACCAGCGGAGGCAGGUGGCGUUCCGUUGAAAUGGUGUCUAGAGAUACGGCCGGACCUUCGUCGAGGGUAUUUGCACGCACACCUGGCAGCAAGCCGUAGGUUUUGUGACGCGAGUAUUCGCUCGAGGCGCGAGAAGGAGGUGCCCGACUCCGCAGGAGGUAGUACUAGUAGCGGCUCAGGUGGCAGUGGCGUCGAGGUCAUGAACAUUCUCGAUCUCGUUGUGCGGCACCAGCCUGUUGAAACGUGUUCGCCCGAAGAACCUGACUCAUCCAAGGAAGGCGUUGCUUCGCAAGCAGCUAAGCCAGAUGGAAAUAAUACUGUUGAACAAGACGCCAGCACAUCGACAACCCUCUCGUUUCUGUACGGCAGAAAAUCAGUGGCAUCAGAGACCGCCUCCGCCAGCGAUGAUGAUACCGCUGAUGAUACUGGUCUGCUCUCCUUGGAUCCUCGCAAUUCCCUACGCGUGCUGCCGAGUUCCGACUCCUCGACGAUUAUCACAUUGCAAUUCUCCUUUGGCGAGCGGUGCGUCUUUUUCGAGGGCGACGACUACGACUUGGUCUGCCUUAUUGCGACGUCCACUCUGCUCGAGGGCCCACUACAGAGCAGCAUCAAAUGUCGCACCUGCAUGGCUUGUCUGUUUCCUAUUGACGAGCAGAAGGCUGCAGAUAAAGCUGAAGAUGAACACGAUAAACCUGCAACUCGCACAACCGCCUCCAGCACUUCUAGAAGUGUCAUUGAGCAGUUCCAAUUACCUUCAGUUCUUUGGGAUACCUUUUCGGACUGCGUGGCUUGUGAGGAGUGUAUGCCCUUUCGUACCUCAAAGUUCACAGCUCUGCGCGGUCGCCUGUACUGGAGCAAGAUGUACGCGCUUUUGCAUGCCGACGAUUUCGGUCCCUUUUCGAAGUUCGAUUUGAAGACGGGACGAUGCAAAGAGUGCGGUACCUAUGUGGGGGACCAUGCGGACGCGAGCGCGGGAGUGCAAUUGUUCAAGCACAAAAUUUCCUACAAUGGUUCGCCGACAAAUGGCACCUCUGAGCAGCCAGUACAGGACAUCAUCAAUCCCUCUGGAUCUUCUGGGACGGAUGAACAUGCAAGGUGGGCGACGCGAAAUAUAUUCUCGGGGCAUACCGAUGUAGGUUGCGUGGGAGUUGUAUUGCGAGAAGCCCUGGAAGUAAAUAGUUGCAGACAGUUUAGGCUUUUCCUGGACGAGAGCAAGAAUAAAAGGGAUGAUACGAACAAUCAGGGAAAGACUUCUCCUGAGAAUAUCUUCACUCCAAAAGAACAAGAUAAAAGUGCCUCUAAAGAACAAGAUAAAAGCACGUAUUCGGACGCUGACGGCGCAAGAGUUUCCUUUCCCCCAGAAAUAUUAAAAGAAAAUGCAACACCAUCAUCAAGUGCUGAUAUAAGGAGCGAAGCUAAAGCGGAGGACCAUCCUACUAGAGCGAAAGGCACUUCUACGGGCGAAGCCAAUGACGAAGAAAGCGGCGCACAUUUGUCGCCUGCCUCUACGGCGGCUGAGACGGAAGAUGCUUUGGCUGGAGAAAACAUCGUGCCUUCUCUUCAGCAAAGCAUUCGCGUGAAGGUGGUCGCGAAAAGAACGAAGCUGCUGAAUAUAGAUGGUGAGUACGAUGGGACUAUGAAGCUUGCUGCGUGCCAGGGGGAAGAGAACUUUCGUGACCAUAUGUGCGUGUGGUACCGAUUGGAGAAUGACGAAGUCGUCAAAAAUGUAACUACUACGCAAGGUACGCGACCACAAUCUGAAGAGAGGAGCAUCGCCAUACGGGAUCGUGACGUUUUCAAGGAAGUUCUACGCUAUCUUUAUUCGGCGCAAAAACGCAUUCCACAGCAGCCUGAAUCCCCUUGGAUGUUCGCAUACCUGCCAGUUCUACCUGCGGAGUAAAAGGAUUCAAAUUUGUCUUUCAUUGCUGUCCCGCUCCCGUCGAGCAUGCCUACCUGUUUCAUCUUUUGUAAGCCCAUUGCACCUGUUAGUUUUCUAUCUCCUGAUAUUGAGUUGUGCCUCAUCUGAUUACUUGAUGAAUAUUGGAAAGUUCCCAUGAGUAGACGAUAAGUAUAUGGCAGAGUAGUACUAGUUAUAUCAUUCCUCCUGCUGUCUCCGCUUUCUUUCGUUGCUCCCCUUGUCGAAAAAGAACAGAACAUGCUUGAACUGCAGGUCGUUUGGCGGUGUCCUCCUGCUCAGUCAUUGUUGCCUGCUUCGUCUGCGCCGGUGUAAUUGUUGCUCGCUGAGUCGUGGUUCUUUCAAGAAAGAACUAGACCGAAUUUUUUAAAGCAAAGCACUACUGCUCUACAUGAUGGCCAAGAACUAGAUUUAUCGUGAAAAUCUAGACGAUCCUUGCUUCCUCUGCAUGCUUACUCUCCAAGAUAGAAUGUGAUACAAAUGCAAUGAUCUCCACGAUUCCGGUUACAAAUCGUUCUGAUCAAACAAGAUAAAGUGGUGGACAGCUUGAAAAUCCUUCGUCCACCUUCACUUGGUGCAUGCGAUCACUGCUGCAAAGUGA